CUUCAGUAUGAAAACAAUAAACAGCCCUAUCAGUAGAAACGCAAGAGAACCUGUCGCUGAUGUCAAAAAUAUCAUCUAUGUAAGAGUAAAAACUGUUUUUGCGGAGCAACAUUUUUAAUGAGAUCGUGGCUCUUUUAAAAACUGCAGCGGACAGAAAAGUGUCCUGUCUGGGAAAAAUUCAGAAUUUUUGUGUCAAGGAGAGGGAAGUUAGCUAGCCAGGACUAUUCAGCUAACCCCUUCAAGCUGAAGCUAGUCGUCUAUUUACCAUCUGCCUGUGUCUCCUCAGUCAGGGCUGAUUGUUAUGCAGUUCCCGGAGGACUGUUGUCUGUCUCGUGUUCUUUUUCCUUCGCCACCUCUUCAGUCCCUCACUAUAGUCUCCCUGGCCCUAUGUCUCGGUGGCUCUUCCCUUGGUCGGGCUCGAUAAAGAAGCGGGCCUGUCGCUACCUUUUACAGCAUUACCUCGGCCACUUCUUGGAGGAACGUUUGAGUUUGGACCAGCUGAGUUUGGACUUGUACAAUGGCAGCGGUGUCAUUAAAGAAAUCAACCUCGACGUGUGGGCAGUUAAUGAGCUCCUGGAGUCCCUUGCAGCCCCUCUGGAGAUUGUAGAAGGUUUUGUGCAGAGUAUAAAAGUGACAAUCCCAUGGGCAGCACUUGUUACUGACCACUGCACACUUGAAGUCACUGGGCUACAGAUAACAUGCAGACCCAAGGACAGAACCAGUGGUGCCUGGGACUCCCAAGGCUGGUCUUCAUGUAUGACUUCCAGCAUGCAGCUGGCCAAGGAGUGUCUGAAGGACCCACCUGAGGCAUCAGAAGAACCGCCCGCUCCUUUAGAGGGGCUGGAAAUGUUUGCACAGACUAUUGAGACAGUUCUGCGGCGGAUAAAAGUCACUUUUUUGGACACUAUAGUAAGAAUUGAGCACCAUCCUCUUGACUCUAAGGAUGGGAUCGCCUUAGAGAUGCAAAUUAAACGGCUGGAUUACUGUGAUGAAGCUGUGAGGGACUCCAGUCAAACAGUGCCUGUAGAUAUCCACCAGCCUCCAGCCUUUCUGCAUAAAAUUCUCCAGCUCAACUCUGUACAGCUGUUUUAUGAGACUCUUGGAGAGCCACAGAGUCUUAUUCCUGAACAUACUGUGGUCAGUGAGGAUGAAGAGAGAGACUACGCACCAAAGCCCUUACGGCCUCAUCCUGGGCCUCUACUCAUUGGAAGCUGCUCUGGUUUCAUGGAGACCACUGUUAAAAUCAAGCAGAAUGACAUGCUCCCAGGGCCCAAGCUGGAGCUAGAUGGUAAGGUGGGCUGUCUACACCUUUUACUCUCUCCCAGUCAGAUUACUAACCUAAUGGACCUUCUGACUGCACUCUGCAUUGAGACAGAGGGCAGCAGUAACAUGCAUGGUGGGGGUGGUGGUAGUUCUCACAGUAGGCCACUGGGUUCAGAUGAUCUGAGGUUGAUAGAGGAGGACCUCAGUAAGCAAAUCAGUGUGGAUACAGUAGACCAAGAUCUGAAGCUAAACACAGAGACUUACGUCAGCACUUUGGAGAAUGGAGAGAUGUUUUACUCUAUGGUGCCUGGUUGUAUGACUAGCAGUAUGAUGUCUAACCGCUCAGGAAGCGAGCUCUCAGACAGUGACAUGGAGUCUUCAGUACACAGCCAAAGCAGCCUGGCUUCAACAAACCCUCUGUCUCCACAGGGAAUACUUAAUUGCCCCAGACGUUAUCCUGUACCAGGAACCUUAUCUAGUUUGCCUCAAUGUAGCAGGCCACCACGGCAUUCAACACACACUGGCCAGUCAGAACCCAUGAAGCCUGACUGCUUGCUUCGGCUCACUCUGGGUGGGUUGACUCUCACUCUUCUGGAACAGGAGCCAGCUCAAGAUCCUGGAGAUCUGUCCACAAUGGCUAAGGUGUCACAGCUGUUCUUCCAUGAGCUUGCUUUCUUCAAAGACAGCAUGUUCAGUGAGAGAGACUUUGAGAACUUGAGGGGUAGCUUUGCUAAAGCGUGCCCUCACUCACAUCUCAGGCUAACAGGAGCAGCUGUACAGGUAGCAUGUGAGAUGCGUAGCUCUGGGCGGCAUGCCCAUUCCAUGACCUCUGACCUGUCCUUCAGCAGGCUGGAACUGCUGGAGUGUCUGUGGGAGCCAGGCAAGAUAGAGUACACUGAGCUACUGCAGUUCAAGAAUGCUGGUCACUUCACUGUGGGAGCAACUGCCAGACCAUGUGCCCAAAUUCACCACUCCCUGACAGAAAAGCAGCAACGCAAGAGUGGAUCAAAGCAGCGAGUAAUGCGUAGGGAGAGCUCACUACGUGUAGAGCUGGGUGAGCUUACCACUGAGAUAGACCUGGACAUACUGGGCAGACUGGACAACAUCAUACAUGCCCUGAGCCACUGUCCCACACAGCCAAAUAAGCCAGCAAACACUAAGCCUCAUUUGUCAGAGCUGCAAUCGUCCCUUGUUCUCCUCUCCCCCUAUGCUGUAAUGAAGCUUCGCUUCCCCAUCCCUGACCUUCGACCUUCAGACCAGAGAAGACCCAUUAGAGAGCAAGCAGUGCGUAAAGAGGUCCUGAGUCUGGAGAUGUGCAAUCUAGAGCUGAAGUCUCAUCAGGGGUCAGAUCUACAGCAGCAGGGGCCAUACACCUCAACAGCUAAACUCACCAAGGUUUUGGAAGCUAGCUUCAGUGAUCUGCAUGGAGUGUAUGAGGGCUGGGAGGGCGUAUCUUUCCCUUGUAUCCGAGUACAAAAGGGCUCCAAUGCAGAGAACCCAGACAGCACACCCAAAAUUGUGGUGCAUGUAAGUGGGGCAGCAGACUCAGAUGGUAGAGGCACUGUAGGUGUGGGUUUAAACAGGGAUUUGGGACUUGGCUUUGUGUCUAUGGAAAAUCCCUGUGAGCUACGAGAGAAAAACAGCUCCCCCUUCUCCUCUAACCGUACCAUGUUUGAGACAGAAGAGAUGGUAAUCCCCGCAGAUCCAGAGGAAAUGAACGAAUUUCAGGCGCAGUGUGUGGCUCAGAGUCAGUAUGUGGUGGAUAUUACACUCCCUUUGGCCUACAUCCUUUUGCCCAGUAAAGAAGCCUUUCAAAGCAUCUACAACAGGAUCAACAAUGAUUUGUUAAUGUGGGAGCCCCCACUUCCCCAUCAGCCCCCUCCUAAGAUGUCUCACAGCCCCUUACAGCAGCGCAGAUCUGAGGACGAUGAAUUUCAGCUCUGCAAAUCAGCCUUCAGACUUGAUUCUGACUCGGAAGAGGAUGAACCACAGGUCUGUUUAGCCAGUGAACAAAGGAAAAGAGGGCAGCCUGAGCCCCAACCAAAUCAUGAGCUUAGUUUUCUCUGCUUAACUGUACUGGUUGGCAAGGGUCGUCUGCAAACUCUCACCGACAGUAAGAAUGAAGCAGGACGCAGGGUGGAACAGUUCCAUGGAGAAUUGCUGCUAGACUUUGAAGACGGGAAGAUUUUUAGUGUUACCCAGCACCAGAAUGAUCCAAAUCUAAACUUUUUGACUAUAGAGAGCAAAAAAGUUGAACUCUAUCAUAAAGCUGAAGUCCCAGACUCCCCUAUCCCAGCACGACUAGAAAUGCCCAAGUUUACACCCCCAAACCAUCUGGACCUGACCAUUUAUCCCACAGAAGUGGGGGUGAGCAGUGUGGGGCGCAGAGAAGCAGGUGGUCAGAUGUUGUCUACUGCUAUCAAAAUUACACUAGACCUCCAACGCAAUGUCAAGGAGUUCCUGGUUGCAUUACGGCUCCAGGGGGCUACUUUAAGACAUCGCAUGGCAUUAACAAAUUACAGUUGGCAUGAGCAGUUGGUCGAUUUCCUGGAUGUCAUUGAUGAUGAUAUUUUAGGAUACACACCUCCUGCCAUCAUCACAGUGUUACAUACGCACCUGGUUACUUGUGCUGUUGACUACAGGCCCCUCUAUCUUCCAUUGCGAGUGUUGUUUACAGCAGAAUCGUUUUCUCUGUCCAGUAAUAUCAUUGUGGACACUGCCACUUUUCACUUGAGGUUCAUCCUGGAUGACUCUGCAUUGUAUCUCACUGAUAAGUGUGAAAGUGAGACAGUGGAUUUGAAAAGAGAUUAUGUGUGUGUGUUAGACAUUGACCUGUUAGAGCUGGCCAUAACUACCUGGAAAGGCAACAACACUGGCAAACUGACUCAGCCACUGUUCGAGCUACGCUGUUCAAAUAAUGUGGUUCACGUGCACUCUUGUGCAGACUCCUGUGCUGCUUUAGUGAAUAUGUUACAGUACCUGAUCUCCCAAGGUGACCUUCACCCACCUCCUCGUCAUACUUCUCCAACUGAGAUUGCUGGACAGAAGCUCCCGCUCUCAGAAGCUCCUACAACUUUACCACCAUGUCCACCAGCAGAGACAGCUGAAAUUAACCAGUGUGAUCUUACUGAUGCUCUGAUUGACACAGAACGAACGCUGCCAGAAGCAGAUAGGGAAUUUGGCUCUCCUUCCUCAGUAAAGCGAGGCUCACCUAUCUCAGUGUAUUUAUUUCCCGGGGAAGGCCCAAAAUCCAGCUCCUCUGCAUUAGACGGGGAUGAGUCUGAUCUUGAUCAACUGGUGGUUACAGCUACUGAAGUUCAUGCUGAUAUGAUGUUGGAGGAAUGUUCUGAAUGUUCCACGGACAAUGAUGACUUCUGUAUUUUAGAGGCUCCUGGAAUAGGCAUUCCUCCUAAAGAUGGAGAACCGGUGGUUAAAGUGUUGUGUGAGAGUCCUAUAAAGGUGCGUGAUGGCUAUUUCUCUCGGCCACGGGGCAGCUCGGAUUUGCUACGUGCUCCUGCUCACUUUGCUAUGCCUCAGAGCAGGGUAGUACUCCGAGAGGUAUCAGUAGUCUGGCAUCUCUAUGGAGGCAAAGACUUUGGAGGAAAACCAACCUCUGUUCACACUCAACACAGUCACAGGGGCCGGGCAGCACCUGUAGGAGCCCAUGGUUCUCCUUCACGCUCUUCUGGUUCUUCUAGACCACAGAACUCAUGGCGCUGGGUGGGAGGCAGUGGCAGACAGCACUCACUGCUCAUGGAAAUACAACUGACAAAGGUCAGUUUUCAACACGAGUCCUACCCUGUGGUUGUGCCUACUGCAGGCUCAGGGCAGGAUGUGGACGCGGCAGGCUUGGGAGAGCAGCCUCUCUCACGGCAGGUGUUCAUUGUGCAAGAACUAGAGGUGCGUGACAGGCUAGCCUCCUCCCAGAUGAACAAAUUCCUCUACCUGUAUACCAGCGAAAGCAUGCCGCGGAGAGCCCACUCCAACAUGUUAACAGUAAAGGCUCUGCAGGUACUUCCCGAAUCUGGGUUAGGAGGACCAGAGUGCUGCCUAAGAAUCAGCCUGCUGCCCCUUCGACUCAACAUUGACCAAGAUGCCCUUUUCUUUCUGAAAGACUUCUUCAGUAGCAUGACUGCUGGGAUUAAUCCGUAUUUACCUGUUGAUCCAGCUGCAGAGGUGAAAGCAGACACUACUCAGAAACCAUCAGAGGAAGCAGAGUUUGGUACUGGUCUGGGUCCUGAUCUCACCACUUCUGUAGAGACGACGUAUAGUGAGCAGAGCUCUUCCUCUGCUGGCUCCUCCUCUUCCUCUGACCAGCCAAUUUAUUUCCGAGAGUUCCGUUUCACCUCAGAAGUUCCCAUAUGGCUGGACUACCAAGGGAAGCAUGUGGCCAUCGAACAGGGAACAUUUGCAGGGAUUCUUAUUGGCCUGGCUCAACUGAACUGCUCAGAGCUGAAGCUGAAGAGGCUGUGCUGUAGACACGGACUGCUGGGUGUUGAUAAAGUCAUUCAAUAUGCUGUGAACGAGUGGCUCACUGACAUCAGGAAGAACCAGUUACCAGGCAUACUGGGAGGUGUUGGUCCAAUGCACUCUGUGGUUCAGCUGUUUCAUGGGGUACGGGAUCUGUUCUGGAUGCCAAUUGAGCAGUACAGGAAAGAUGGACGUAUUAUUCGUGGUCUCCAGAGAGGGGCAGCGUCCUUUGGCACUUCUACAGCUUCGGCUGCUCUGGAGCUAAGCAACAGACUGGUGCAAGCCAUACAGGCCACAGCAGAAACAGUGUAUGACAUCCUGUCCCCAACUCCACCCCUAACUCGCUGCAUCGCAGAAGGGCGCCCUGCCACUCGGCCUAGACGCACCCCACAACCAGCUGAUCUCAGAGAAGGUGUGGCUAAGGCCUAUGACACAGUCAGAGAGGGAGUAAUAGACACUGCUCAGACCCUGUGUGAUGUGGCCUCCCGUGGACACGAGCAGAAAGGUCUUCCAGGAGCAGUGGGCGGGGUUCUGCGUCAGAUCCCUCCCACUGUGGUGCGUCCCUUAAUAGUAGCCUCUGAAGCCACCUCCAAUCUGCUUGGAGGCAUGCGGAACCAAAUCAAACCGGAUGCACGGAAAGAGGACUUUUUAAAAUGGCGCACAGAAGACAGCCAAGAGUGAAUGCCUGCUUUUUGCUAGAGUGAAUGGUAGCACCGAGGUGUGUGUGUGUGUGUGUGUGUGUGUGUGUGUGUGUGUGUGUGUGUGUGUGUGUCUUUAAUGAGUAUUACUGCAAAGAUGAAGGAAAAAGAUCUGCCAUUCAACAGCACAACCCCACAUGUUUUAAAUGGCUUCCACGUGUUAGUUUCACAUGUUCACUUUCAUGCACGUCUACAGUGCACAAGCAGAGUUUUAGAGCUCUUUGUAGGUAGCCAAGUGUAACUUGCUGCCAUCCACCUGAUCCAAAAAAUAUGCAAUCAUAUCAAUUCUGAACACUGUUUCCCAUUACAAUAAAAAAAGCUUUCAUUUCUUCUAUGCUCUUGGACUUACACACUGGGUAUCUAGGCUGUUUUAUUAUUAUUCUGUAUUGUUAUUUAGUUUUGUUUAGUAUAAUUUUUUUUCAAUCAUUAUAGCAUUGAUCAGAAUGUCCAAUUUGGAAUCCAAUAUGGCCUUUGCAUAAUACUAUAUAAAGUGUACUAAUGUGAUUCUUUUGCAUCCUGUGAAAUUACUUUUGACCACUUUAAACAAUCCCUCUAGUGUAAUCGUGCCAUAAUAAAUCAAAUUGAAUGUUUCUUCCCCAAACGUCUGUAUACAUGGUUUUGUUGCAUUUUCAUAUUCAAGUCCUGAUGCUUUUAAUGUCCUUACAUGAACAUUUUAAGUUCCACAGACUGAAACAUCUGUUCACCUUCUUUUGUCUUGUUUAGUUGACAUUAUUUUUUAUUUUAUUUUCGUUUGUCAUUAUGCUCAACAAAACUGCUUAUCAUAUUCAUGCAGUGAUGUGUGUGUGUGUGUGUGUGUGUUGUAAAGGGCUUUCAGUGACUGAAAGUAGGAUUCAGUAAGAUUGGGCUUAUUAUGUUACACUUUUUUUGUUUAUGCAGUUUAAGGGAAGUGCAUAUGUACAUGUACACAGUGUCUUAUGAGUGGAUGAGUGAGGAUGUGCAUGUUUGUGGAUUGAUUGUUUUAAUGGAGUUGAUCAGCAGGCUAUUAAAAAAUUCAUAGCUUU